AUUGAAUAUCUAUUUAAACCCUAUUGGUUAUCAUUUAUUUACCUGACUUAUUAAUGUGACCAAUAUAAGGAUAUCUGAGCUAAUAAACACGAUAAAUGUAUAACUAUCAUCAAAAAAGUUACAAUUAAUUAAUCACAAUAAAAUGAAGAUAUGAAAUUUAGACAAGCUUCAUAGAUGACAAUAACAAUUGUUCAUAAGAUAUACUUAUAUGUUUUCAUGCCAAAUUCUAUUUCAUGUAUUACAUAAUCAUAAUUGUUAAAAUAUUUUGCCGAAAUACAUUUCAAAAUUACACCUCCAGAAAACACACUAUGGAAUUAAAUUGUAUGUAACAAUCAUUACCUGUAUACCGACCAACGUUUAUUUUUUAAUAAUAAGUGGCUAUUUACUUCUAUUAUCAUAUAACCGAAAACUAAGAAAAGAAUGUUUUAAAUAAGAAAAUGUGGACAAAAUUGAAAUUACAUAACCAAUGUCUUCAAAUAUUAAUUUCUUUUAUAUAUUUAAUUCAUUCAUAUUAUAGUAAAUAUUUAUAUAAUGAAUUCAUUGAUAUGAAUAAAAUACACAAUAUACAAUCAAAUUUAACCCAACCAUAUCAAAUCAUAAUACCAAUUAAAGAAUCAUCAAUAAUCAAUUCUAAUUCAAUAAAUAUUAGUGAAUUGAUGCAAACUUAUAAUAUACAAUUAAAGACAUCCAUAGAGGAAGAUGAAGAAGAAUCAGGAGGAGAAGGAAAUGGAGAAAAAGAGGAAAUCGUAAAACAUAAUAGUCAUUCCAAAAUUAUAAAUUUUGAAAUUUUAGAUAUAAGUAGUAAUUUAUUAGUAGCAUAUCAACAAUUAAAUCAAAAUAAUUUAUUAAAUAUUAUUGAUUUAAAUUCAAUGAAUGGUAUUAUAAAAUUUAAUAUCCCAUUAGAUCGUGAACGCAUAUGUAAUGAUAUACAAAUGACUAAUAAACAAUGUAAAAUUAUAUUAUUAUUAGCCGCUUAUAAACAAUCUAUUCAAUCUAAUCAAAUACAAACAAUUACAAAUCAUAAUUAUAAUCAAUAUCAUAAUGAAUUAAUAUGUAUUGAAUUAAUUAUAAAUUUAUUAGAUAUCAAUGAUAAUUCACCAUAUUUUCCACAAAUUCCUGGUAUGGAUAAUCAUCCUAGAAUUAUAAAUAUUGAAGAAGAAUGUCCUAUUGGUAUAAUGAUUUCAUUACCAAUAGCUAAUGAUAUAGAUUCAAUUGAAAAUGGUAUUAUUAAAUAUGAAUUAUUACCAAUUACUACAACAGUAGAUAUAUUACAAUUAUUUGAAAUUGUACAAUUUAGAGGAUCAAGAAUUCAAUGUGAAGAUAUGUCUAGUAAUGGAAUACAUAAUUUUAAUUAUACUUAUUUAUUAAAUCAAGAAACAAAUAAUGAUUUAUUUCCCAUAAUACCAUGCUUGAAAGUUGUUGGUAGAUUAGAUCGUGAACAAGUAUCACGUUAUGCAGUACGUCUUGUUGCAAUAGAUACUGGUGGAAGAAAAGGUGAAAUAAUUUUGCGUAUAAUAAUUCGUGAUAUUAAUGAUCAUGCACCAUUAUGGGGUGAUAAAUUAGAAACUGAUUUAUCAACUAGUAGUUUAUUAUUUAUGGGAUCAGAAAGAAUUACAUUCCAAUCAAAUGAAAUGAUAGAAGAUAAUGGAUAUGGUAGAAUAAUUGUAAAGUAUACUUUUCAAAUUCCUGAAUGUACUAAUCAAAGACAAUUGUUACGUUUAAAUGCAAAUGAUAUGGAUGAAUCAGAAAGUGAUUAUGGUCGGAUAAAAUAUCAUUUAAAUGAUCAAACACAAGAUUUUGAACAAUUAAGGCAAAGAAUUUUUAUUUCUGGAGAUUAUAUUUACCUAACUGAUCUUGGUUUAAAAGAUUUGAAUCAAGCUAAUUUAACCAUAAUUGUAACAGCAACUGAUGGUGCCGGUAAAAGUAGUGAUGCAUGGAUACAUCUUUUAGUUCAAGAUUGUAAUGAUCAUAAACCAAUGAUAUUAAUGAGAAAUACUGAGUUUUCACUUGUAGAAAAUACUGUGGGUAAACAACAAUUAAUAAGUUUAAUAACAGUACGUGAUUUGGAUUUGACCACAUCACCCAAUUCGGAAUUCUAUUGCAGUUUAAAUGAUACAACAUAUCUGACACUUUACGAAGUAAUGUCUGGACCAAAAUUAAAUGAUCAACGCUAUCAGGAAAGUAAUUUAAACACUAUUAAUAAACAUGAUGGAUUCUUAUCUCAUAGACAUAAUAAUGAAGAUGAGAAGAAUACUGGUUUCUUUCGUCAAGGAAGAUGGGUUGUUUAUCGACUAGAAUCUAAAAAUUCAUCAUCAUUUGAUCGUGAAGCAACACCAUACUACAAUGUACUGUUACAAUGUUCUGAUAAAGGUUCACCAAUGCUUACAUCAAAUCGGCUGAUAACAAUUAACAUCCUUGAUGUGAAUGACAAUGCGCCUAUCUUUAUUAUGCCUAAUCAACUACAAUCAGCUAAUUUAUUUCCAGUCAAUGCAGAGAAUCAUAAAAAACUAUUUUAUCAAUCAAUUUCAUCAUUAUCUACCUCUGUUCGUCAAAAAGCGGAUCAGCCAUUCAUUUAUCAUUUUAAUCUACCAGAAAAUUCUUUACGUGGUACAAUAGUUGGCAGUGUUCACGCUAUUGAUCUAGAUGCUGGUGAUAAUGGUCGAGUAACGUUUCAACUAAAAAGUCAAAUUCCAUUUUAUUUAAAUAAACCAAUUUCAUCAAGUACAAAAAAUCAUAAUACAACAGAUACAACUGAUCACAUUAUUAAUGAUAAACAAAAUGAUAGUAGAAAUGAAAAAGAAUCAAUUAAUAUGGAUCAUGUAUUCAAUUUAGCACCAAAUGGUGAUAUUCAAUUAAUUGAUGAAUUAGAUAGAGAAACAAUAGAUCGUUAUGAAUUACAUAUUAUUGUAAAUGAUAAUGCAAAAAUCAAUCGAUUAUCAGCAACGGCUACAGUCAUAAUUAAAAUAGAUGAUGUAAAUGAUUGUAGACCGGAAUUCUUUGGGGAUUACAUAUUUGAAAUUGUAGAAAGUUACGGUUCAUCAACUAUUCACCAAAUUCUUGGUUCUAUAGUAGCUACAGAUAUGGAUUUGGGGCGUAAUGGGUCAAUAACAUAUCAGCUUGGUGCCCAACAAGAUAAUCGGAAUAAUAAUAUGAAUAACAAUCCUAAUUCGAUGGAUAAUAAACCACCCAGUUCAACAAACACGUUUGGUUCACGCUUAAUACAGAUCAGUCAUGAUGGUAAACUAACUGUCUAUGGGGUGAUCGAUCGUGAAAAAACUCCAGUAAUUGUGCUGACGGUAAUUGCAGAGGACAAUGGAAUUCCUGUUAAAUUAUCUAAUUCCGUGACUGUUACAAUUCAUGUAUUAGAUUUGAAUGAUAACAAACCACGUUUCAUUGAGUCAUCAUCACGUCCACAGUCAGUAAACAUGGAUGAAACAUUUAAGGGAAAUUCUGAUAAUACAAGAAUGAAUAUUGUUUCACCGGCAUUGGGUUUUAAGCUGAAUCUAAGCUUGGAUACAAAUGUUGGUACACUUUUGACUGUGUUUGAAGCUUAUGACCCAGACAACGGUCCCAAUGGAACUCUGGUUUUCGAUAUGGCUUACUCAGGAGCACUUGGCUUAUCACAUGAUGUUAAAAAUCUAAAAAGUGGAAAGUCUGAUGAAGAUAGUUCUGAUAUGCCCACAUUUACUUUGCAGCCAGAUGGUCGUCUUCUCUUGUCUAAACGAUUAGCGUAUUCCGAUAUGAUAUCACCCACACCCAAUAGUUUUCCAAAGAGAUAUCGUAGACCAGAUAGAUUGCUUAUACGUGUUUCAGAUAAAGGACCUACCCCAGAACAAUCGGUUACAAGUUUACAAAUAUUCUACUACGAUCCUAUUGAUACAAUACAUAAUGCAUAUUCUGAGAACUAUUUUGACAUGGUAAAUGCAAAAACCGAUGUCAACAGAAAUAGUGAAUACGCUUCAGUGCAUCAAAAUAAAGAAAUCAGUAAAAGUAAGCAUUACGCGUACAAACCAAAUCGCCAGGCGUUUCUAGGUUCAAGUGGAGGAGGUAAACCUUCAUCCCAGUCAUAUAAAAGAUCGGAACUAACUCAUUCCAAACCAUAUACAUUACCUGCUAUGUAUUUGUUGGCUUUAGCUGUUUGCUUGGCUUUAAUACUUGUGAUAAUUAGUUUCGGAUGCUUUUAUGUAAAACUAAGAAGAACAAGUAUGACAAAUAAAAGUGAAGAAAAAUAUGGUAAGUCUGUUAUUGUGUCAUUUAAUAUAUUUUCUCUAUACUAAUUAAUGUUAUAAAAUGUUCAAAUGCAUUAUUCAUACGGUCAGUUGUUGAGUUAUUUUGAUGUGAAGAAAAAUGUGACGUAGACAGUAGCCAACUAUGUAAUCAACCAAAUUAUCACCAGAAUAAUGGGAACUGUUCGUCUACCUUAGCAUCAAUCAGAACUCAAUUAUUGAAUUAAAUGUCUUUAUUCAAAUAAUAUACAUUUGAAAAGAUAGAAUGCGUAUAUGAGAUCGUCGAUUGUUUCACGUUUUUUGAAGCAAAUUCGUUGACGUGUAUACAAAAUACUUCGAUAAAUUUGGAUAGAUUAUUCUGGUUCUUGUCUUUUGGAAGAGAUGUAUGAAAAUGUGAUUACUUAUAAAGGUACAAUUUAAGAUAUUAUAUAAAUGCAAUUGUAGACAGAUACCAAUUUUCUUUCGUAGAGCAGAUAUGACAGGAUGUAAGCUAAAGUUUGUCCUCCUUGAAAUCAAUUUACGCUACGUUUUUAUAACUACACUUACUAAUUCACGUAUACUUUCUCUUCCCGUUUUACAAAACCGGUAAUUAUUUAUCGCAUAAGAUCAUCCAUGAGAUCUGUGAAAUAAAUGGUUUUAUAUGAUGAAUUAAUGAGUCAAUAUUUGGUACAUUUGACAAGCAUUAUCGUUUAAAUGAGCUUGCUUAGCAAAAGACAUACUAGCAAACAUCAGUGGUAUUCAGUACAGUAAGCUGCUUUACUCCUUGUAUUCUUAUGCUGUUACCAGGAGGUACAGCAUAACUUCUUUAGUUUGUCAUUAUCAAUCUUUUUUUUUACUUCUGAGUGCUUAUCUUUGGAUCACGAGAGGUUUUCUGUCUGCACCUGUCUUCAAGUAAUAAAUCCACUUUUACACAACUUUAACUCGAACCAACAGACUGAUAAUAUAUCCAAAGAAAGAUAAGUCAGAAAGGUAAUUGGAGGGAAUUCCCAAACAUGACACUGUAAAUAUAUAAAUAAGGUGCAUUUAUCCGGAGAUACAAAUCCGCAUAAAAUAUUUUAACCGAGAAAGUUAAUUGAUAUUCAUAGCCUAGUCGGAAAAUAAGGUUUCUAUCAGUACACUAGUAAAUUUUUGGACUUUCAAGCUUAAAAUAUGAAUGAAUUCGAUAGAUAUUCAGUAAUAACGUAUGGUCACAUUCCAGUCGUCAUCGUCAUAAUGAUAGGAAAAGCAAAUACCUUGUAAAUAAAUAAGUAAACUUUUCAUGAGCUCAACGAAAGAAUGGCAACAGUGAAUCGUUAAUAACAUGGCACUAAUUCAUACAGUUAUUAGCCUCUGUUCCUUUUUACAUCAACUGAAAAAUUUCUGGUUUAUGUACGUAAAAUAAUCUUCGUAUUUCAUUCCAGGAGUUUAGUAAAAUAAGUACAUUGUUUAUUAUGGAAAUGAAAUAUAGGAUAUCAGUGUUUAAUAAUUAUUUUUUGGACUCAUUACUUAAAAUAAGUGUAGAUUAUCUGGCUAUUGAAAAGAGUUUAUAACUAUAGCUGUUAAGUUGUCGUUAUAAUUAACUAUUAUAAAGCUAAUCUCCUUCCAUUUGAGAUAUUUAAACAACUGUUCGACAAACCAGGAAUAAUGAGAUGGUAUUAAGGUGAUUUGUUUAGCAAGCAAAAUAAGAAUCAAGGUCAGUAGUAAUAAAUAAAAUGAGUGAAGCAAAUAAAUCAUUCAAGUGUUUAGAUUACUUUCGUUUUUCUGCCUAUUAAUAUUGUUUUCACCUUUCAUCUUCUUGAUUUUUAGAUAGUAUAAGUAAGAGCGAGAUUCAUACUGAUAGUUUAAUCAACUGUAAAAAAAAUAACAAUGGUGACAUACGUUUAGACAGCACAUUAACAAGUCAUUCGAAUAAUGAUGAGUCACAAAUAAAUACUGGUUCUCAAAAUAAAAUAUUUUCUGAUUUUGGCAUUAGUACAAUUAAUUGUAGAAGUUUAUCACCAACAUACAUUGUACGAGCUUAUGAUCACAUCAAUGUUGUACCUUCUAAUGAUCCUCAUACCAAUACAAUUAUGUCCAUUCCUCAUUCCACGAUGGACAGUUCCGAUUACACUCCAUUAUCGAUUAGUCAAAUAAAUUCUCUACAAAGCUCAUGUUUAUCUCCAUCAGUUUUACAGAAUGAUUUAAACAAGCAAGUGAUCAACAAUAAUCAAAGACGGUUCGAAAAUGCAUAUUUGCUUAAACCAUGUGAUUUGUUAUAUGAAGAUCAAACAUCACCGAUGUUAUUUAAUCAAUUAGAGUUAUAUAAAACAUUAAAUCGACAAAAGCAGUACAGUAAACUGUCAAAUCAUCCAGUCGAAGUAAUAACUGAAAAUACGUUCGAUGAAAAAGAUGAUAUUAGGAAUAUUGGUAAAAUAUUCCAAGCAAGUAUUUCAGAUUCCGUUUCAACGUUUAUCGAUUCUAAAUGUCAGAAUAAUAAACCUACCUUAAUGAGUUUUGAGGGUAAAUUAGCUGAUGCACCUACCGAUAACAAACAUAGCUUUAAACUGAAUCAAUUACUUCCAGUUAGUAAAACAUCACAAUUGUCAUCGUCAACGAUUACCAACACCACCACCAACACAAGUAAUGAUUGUAACAGUAACAAAGAUAAUUUUUCUACAAUUCAGAAACCUAAAUUCAAGUUAUUUUCUACGAAAAAAAAUGAAUUACAUAAAAAUAAUACCAAUAUUGAUAAUUAUAGUCGAUUAAAAGGCGGUGAUUCUCACCUGGCUGUUGAUCCUAAUCAAAUGACCAAUAAUAAAAAUGGAAAUUCAAAUGGCUUACCUCAAAUAACGUCUUCAUUUGUUUAAUUCAAUAUUUUAUGUAGAACAAGAACCAUUUACAUUGUCUAAUAUCAUAUCUUUUGUGUUAAAGCGACUCAAUAAACUGUAUUGUUUCUGGCUCAAUCAAAUUAUACACGUAGGAACAAAUAAUGUGAUAAUAUCUAGAAAAUACUUUUUCUGGGGUAAUUAUUUCUUCGAUUAGCAUGAUAAAUCUGUGAAUUUUUUAUUUGUUCCAUGAAAUCAAGAUUUUGUACAUAUAUAAUUUUGUAUAUAUAUAUAUAUAUCUGUUAUAUGAAAAUGAAUUAAAUUCAAAGCAUUUUAUUAGAUAAUUACAAACAUCGUUAGAUGCUGUCUCAGUGGUGUAGAGGUUGAACGUUCGCGUGUGAGAAAAAUAGGUCCUGUAUUCGAAUCUCGCGAGGAGCGAUCGUGGUUGCGCACUGUUGAGGAGUCUCAUA